UAUUAGAUCUAAGAUAGUUUUAAAAUGUGUGUUAAAACUUAAAUAUGUUGGAUUCUAUGAGUUUGGAGAGUAAUUUCCACGGCUUGAGAAGUUUCUGGAAGGUUUCCGGGAAAUCUAAUUUGAAGCGCAUAACUCGUGAAAUUUACUUCAGAACUGAUCUUGGCUGUGGAGUUGGCUCUUGUAAUAUUUGUCCUAAUUCACUCUCACAAAGAAAAUUAAACUCCGAAUCACCCAUAAUAAUACUUACAUUUGAGAUAAUAAGUAAUAAUUUUCUGGUUUUGGAAGAAUUUUUGAAAAACUGUGUGAUUCCAGUGACUGUCCUUAAUGAGAUAAGGCGUAGAUCCCUAACACAGUACAACAGGCUUAAGAAAUUAGUGAAGAAUUCUGACCGAACUUUUUACGUCUUCUCAAAUGAGAACUUCAGGGACACGUUCGUGGAAGAAUUACCUGGUGAAAGUGUCAGUGAAAGGGACCAAAGAGCCAUUUUACAGUGUGCUUAUUGGUAUUCCAAUCAUUUACCAAAUUUACAAAUUCUAUUCCUAACGAACGGAGAAGAUGUUGUGAUGGAUCGUCCUGAGAAUUUGAGUAUAAUUAACCUAUAUCAGCUUUACGACAUGUUUCCUAAUGAUUAUGAAGGUAUUUUGGAACGUUUGCCACCCAAGCCACUCCAAACUACUUCUAAUGCUGAGAAAGGGGUUUACCCUCCUCACCUAACUGAGUCUGAGGUGAGGGCUGGAUUAGACGCUGGAUCCCUAUUUUCCGGUACUUUACACAUGUAUAUUGGCUCCUACCAACGUGGUUAUGUUUCAUGUGGUAAUCACGAAUUUAAAGUUAACUCACUAAUUCAUCUAAAUCGAGCCCUAGAUGGUGAUCAAGUCAUCGUUCAACUCAUUGAUACUCCUACGGAUUUUGUUAAUACUGGUAAUAUGGAUAACGCUGUUGACGGCAUUAGUCCUAAUUCAAGGUUGGAUGGUGUUGUUUUGGAGGAACAAAUUGGGACUGAAAAUGAUGAUAGUAAUCUAAUAGACGGUUAUCUAGAGCCUGAACAGUAUAAAGUUAUAAAACGUUACUGUAAAAUAGUGUCAAUAGUAACUAGAAUGAGAAAGGAGUUUUGUGGAAGUUUACUUCCAGUUGAGGGAGAAGUUGGCGAUGGGUAUGUACAACGACUUUUUGUGCCAGUAGACGCUAGAAUUCCCUUCAUUUCCAUCGAAACUCGCCGUUCAAAGGAUCUUGAAAACAACAGAAUCGUGGUCGAGGUUGAUUCUUGGGACAGAUUCUCCAAACGCCCAAAUGGACACUGGACUGAGAUUCUAGGACCAAUUGACGAUAGAGACGUCGAAUCUAAUGUGAUUCUCAGGGAACAUCAAGUAAUAACAGAAGAUUUUUCACUUCAAAGUUACAAGGAUUUGGCCAUAGUUACAAGUUCGUUAGUUGAUACUAAUAAUACAGAAAAAGAUGAGGAUAGGAGCGAUAUAAGAAUAACUCCUGAAUUGCUAAAGGGCAGAAUAGAUUACCGUGAUGAGGUGGUUUUAAGUGUGGAUCCACCUGGUUGUAAGGAUAUCGAUGACGCCUUGGGUUGUAAGAGACUUUCAAACGGGAACUUUGAGGUCUCAGUUCAUAUCGCAGAUGUUACGCACUUCGUACAUGAAGGCUCAAACUUAGAUAAAGAAGCCUCGGAACGAUGUACUACUGUUUACCUAGUCGAUCGCAGAACUGAUAUGUUACCGAAACUCCUAACCACUAAUCUUUGUUCAUUAAUGAGUGGUGUUAAUAGGUUAACCUUUUCUGUAUAUUGGGAGAUGGACCCUAAUGGAGUGAUUCUGGGCACAAAAUUCUCAAAAUCGAUCAUCAAAAGCAAACGUUCACUUACUUAUCAACAGGCACAGGAAAUGAUCGAUUCUUCCUCCAAUGAUGAAGUGAGUGUUUCAUUGAGGAAUUUGAACAAUUUAUCUAAAAUCUUGAGGAAACAAAGAAUGGAUCGAGGCGCUGUGGAAUUAGAAUCCUCUGAAGUGAAAUUUGAGUUUGAUAUGAGUAAAGUAAUGAAUUUGGAGUCAUAUAAAACCUACGAAACAAACCAAAUGGUGGAAGAGUUUAUGUUACUUGCAAACAUAUCAGUGGCUACUAAAAUCUUUGAAAGGUUUCCUAAAUUCUCUUUAUUACGAAUUCACCCACCCCCAGUUGAAGAGAAACUCAACGAGCUUAAUCGCACUCUUCAACAGCAAAAUAUUAAUUCUUUCAAAUUUGGAAACUCUAAGCAGCUGAACGAGUCGUUGGAAGUAAUUAAAAGUCAAAAGAGUGACAAGUUUACAACAGCCACCAAAAUUUUAACCACUCGUACUAUGUCACAGGCCUUGUAUAAGAAUAGUAAUGACUUAAACGAAGACGAGUUUAAGCACUAUGGACUGUGUUGUGAGUACUACACCCAUUUCACAUCUCCCAUUCGGAGAUACGCCGAUGUUAUCGUCCAUAGGUUGCUGGCCUCAGCUCUUGAUCUGGCUCCAAUCAACCACAAUUUCAUCCAAUCAUUAAGUGGACAGUGUGAUUUACUGAAUAAAAGGCAUAGGAAUGCCCAAUGGUGUUCAAGAGAAUCUGAUAAAAUGUUCUCAUAUCUCUACUUCAAGCAAAUGGUUCAAAAUCCUCACGGUGAAGUCGAGUGUAAUGGGAUAGUUUUGGAUAUAAAUGAGGACAGAGUUGUGGUACUAACGUUGGAGUAUGGAAUAGAGGCUGUGGCUAAUGUGGAGUUCAAGUCCUUUGACAAAGUUAACAAGGUCCUCGUGGACCUCUCGGGUAAAUCAUUAAAGGUCUUCGAUCAAGUUAAAGUUAAGAUUUACACCUGCAAUAAACACUUCAGAAACUCCAUUAAAGCUAAUAUCCUUUAA